AUGGCAGAGGAGGGCUCGGGCUGCCUGGUGCCCCGCCUGGCCUGGGCGUCCCUCCUGAAGGGCAUCUUUCUGCUCUCUCUCAUCUGCGGCAUGGCCAGCAUCAUUGUACUCUGCUGCAGCCUCUGUGGCCAGAAACCUCAGACAUCACCAGAGGUGAGUCAAGAGUGGGACAUAGCUGAGCUCCUGUUGAAUCACACAGGCCUGCAGCAGGACCCCAGGCUGCACUGGCAUGGAGGCCCAGCGCUGGGCCGCUCCUUCCUGCGUGGACCCAUGCUAGACAAUGGACAGCUGCGUGUCCAGCACGAUGGCAUCUACAGGCUACACAUCCAGGUGACACUGGCCAAUUGCUCAUCCACACGGAUGACCGUGCCCCGUGAGGCCACCCUGGCUGUGGGCAUCUGUGCCCCCGCCACCCGCCGCGUCAGCCUGCUGCGACGCAACUUCUACCUCAGCUGCACUGUGGCCUCCCAGCGCCUGACGCCCCUGGCACAGGGCGACACUCUCUGCACCAACCUCACUGUGCCAUUGCAGGCGUCCCGCAAUGCCGAUGAGACCUUCUUCGGCAUUCAGUGGGUGCACCCCUGA